AUGAAGCUCUCCGUCUUUGCCCUCAGUACAUCCCUCCUCGGCGCCUCCGCGCGUCCGAAAGCUUCAGAUUAUAGCCUUGCCGGCUUCGCAAAAGACAACCCGCUCGGCGUAACGACCGGCGGCGCGGGCGGCGAGACCAUAACAGUCACCACGCCCGCAGCCCUCAAGGCAGCCAUCGCAGAUACAGCCCCGCGCACCAUCUACCUGACUGGUAACUUCACCCUCACCGGACGCCUCUCCAUCGGCCCCAACAAGUCCCUCAUCGGCACCGGCCCCGGGGCGAACAUCCUCGCCAACGGCUUCAACAUCAAGUCCGUGUCCAAUGUGAUCAUUCGCAACAUUGGCAUCCGAGGGAUCACGGGCAAUGACGGAAUAACCAUACAGAACAGCACGCGUGUAUGGAUCGACCACAAUGAGUUCGAGAGCGGGGGUUUCCCUGCGAACGGGCCGGAUGCGUAUGACGGGCAGUGCGACAUUAUACGGGCGAGUGACUGGAUUACGGUGAGCUGGAAUUACUUCCAUGAUCAUUGGAAGAGUAGUUUGGUGGGUAAUAGCGAUGCGUUGAGGGACGUUGAUCAGGGGCAUUUGCACGUCACGUAUCACCACAAUUACUGGCGCAACGAGGGCACGCGCGGCCCAGCUGGGCGCUUCGGACACCAACAUGUAUACAACAACUUGUAUGAGGACUACCUUUUCCAGGCUAUACACAGUCGCAGUGACAAUCAGGUCCUUGUCGAAGGUAAUGUGUUCCGCGGGAACACAAGCGAGGCGCUGUCGACGUAUGGACUGGUCAUUCCAAAUGACAGUCCGAAUACGAGUCCUGACGGGGACUACGAGCUAGAUGGGUUUGCGAAUCUGGGCGCAAAAAAUGAUUGGGGUCCUGCAAGUAUCAAUAUUACUAGGGUUGGAAACUUCACUAAGGCGCCGUACAAGUAUACUCUCACGGCGCUGGGCGACGUUGAAAAGGUAGUCAAGGCUGGCGCAGGCCUUGGGAAGAUUUAG